AUGAAUGAACAGAUUCACCAAGUCAAACAUCAAUAUCGGUUCCAGUCGCGAACCAAACUACCGAGCAAAAGACUGUCGAUUUUUGUCCGAGGACUGCGGCGAAUGACUGAAAACGUGCUUUCUGGUUUACACGAUGAGCCACGGAAGAAAAUAUCCUUGAGCAAACCAUCGUCGGCCUCCGCGCCCCUCAACUCCGUGAGCGACUCUUGGAUAGUCUUCCUCACUCGUUUUCAGCUGCACACUAAGUGGAAGUCAUCAUGGCAGCUCUGGGAGCCGAACACGGUGCACUUCGCCUCCGUCCAUAUCCAACAACAACACGAUAGACAGAUGAAACCAAAUCGAGGACAACCAUACCUCCCCGUGCGACUGCGUCCCAACCAAUCUUGCUUUCACUUCCUGCUGCAGCGCCCAGCCCCUACCAGGCCUCUGAAAUGGCCCACACGAGCCAUGAGCAUCCAUACUUCUAGCACUUCGGAAAACGCGCCCAGACGUGCGGACACAGCGGACCAUUGUACCCGUCCAUUCUGGGAGUUGGCUAACGCUGCCUCGACUUUUAACUACAACGAAACUGUCGGCGAAGGCAGAACUGGGGAGUAUUUUAAGCAUGCCGAAGCGUUGACUAGGAACGAUUCAGAUGUUGGUCGGACGAAACACGUGCGACGUCCCAUCGACACUUGA